UCCAUUCCAAUAGUACUGCUUUAUUCAUUUAAAUUAUUCUCCAAAUUUAUCCUAUCCAUAAACUGAAAAAAAAGGGUUUCUUGAAUUAAUUUUUGUUCGUAAUAAUUUAAAAGAAGAAAUGGGGCAUAGUUUGCUGGAGGCGUUGAACGUACGGGUCGUCGGCUCCGGCGAGAAAAUCCUGGUUUUGGCCCACGGCGUCGGCACCGAUCAGUCGGCGUGGCAGCGAAUUUUGCCGUACUUGGUCCGGGACCACCGCGUGGUUCUCUACGAUUUGGUGUGCGCCGGCAGCGUCAACCCUGAUUACUUCGAUUUCCGGCGAUACACCUCCCUGGACGCCUUCGUCGACGACCUCCUCUCCAUUCUCGACGCUCUCCGAAUCGACCGCUGCACUUACGUCGGCCACUCCAUCUCCGCCACCAUCGGAAUCCUCGCCUCCAUUCGCCGCCCGGAGCUCUUCUCCAAGCUCAUACUCAUCGGCGCCUCUCCCAGGUUUUUGAACGAUAAGAAUUACCAUGGGGGAUUCGAGCAGGGGGAGAUCGACAAGGUGUUCUCGGCAAUGGAGGCGAACUACGAGGCGUGGGUGAACGGAUUCGCGCCACUGGCGGUGGGGGCCGACGUGCCGGAGGCGGUGCGGGAGUUCAGCCGGACGCUGUUCAACAUGCGGCCGGACAUAACUCUGUUCGUGUCGCGGACGGUGUUCAACAGCGACCUCCGGGGGGUGCUGGGGCUCGUUAAAGUGCCCUGCUCCAUUUUUCAGACGGCCAGCGACAUGUCGGUGCCGCCGUCGGUGGCGGCGUACCUGAAGAAACACCUCGGAGGGCGGAGCACCGUCCACAUGCUCAACGUGGAAGGACACCUCCCCCACCUCUCCGCCCCUAAUCUCCUCGCGCAGGAGCUCCGGCGAGCGCUGCCGCGGUGACGACGCGGCGAUGAUCGGAGGAGGAGGAAUAAUGGCUGACACGUGGCGAAUAAGUGUGGACUCUCUCAAGUUUUGUUUUUACUUUUUU